UUAUCACAUUUCCACAACGGGUUUCUGUCAUGAAGGACGUGAUUUUCUUUGGGAAUACAGCGCAGUGUUUUUAUAUCUACUUAUAGGAGUGAUUUAAGGAUAAAACUUCACCCCAUGACCACUUUGGAUUGAGACACUCGGUGUUCGAAUAAAUUACGUUCGGGGAAAAAUAAAAUACUCUGACGAGUGAAGUUCAAUUGAUUUUCAAUUAAAUGUCAGAGGUCACAGUAACGUAAUAGACCCAAUUCUUUACUAGUGUAAGAAAUAAGCCGCACGCUCCCGGAAAAGGAAGGAUUAAAAACAGACACAUUUGUUUGUUGUAUACGUUUGACAAUACUAUCGACCGCGAAACUAGCAGUUCGGCAAAGAUGACUUGGAGCGGAACCUCGAGUAUACUAGUUCUAGUAUUUUUAUCAGUAUCACUACAACACAAUAACGCUGCUACUUUAACGAAGCUAGAAGAUCAUGCUAAUAAUCAGGAAACGAAUGCGGUGACGGAUAGCAUUGACGAGGAUGUGCUUGAACUCGAGCAAUUGAAACAUUCCUUAGCCGCAAACAGCAGAGCUGCAAACACAAAAGAAGAAAUUCUUCCUCAGUUGGAAAAACAGUUAGAGGACGAGGCCCGAGCAUCGGCAUCGAUUGUUUCCUCAAGUGAGGAUGGUUCCGAUGAUGAUAAUGACGAUGACGACACCGAUGUGGAUAGUAACGACGGCGGAACAGAUGAAGCUGGUGAUACUGAUUAUGGCGAAAAGUUGGCAAAGGCUUCUGAACAAUUGUUGUUGAAAACAUUGGCUGAGUACCAUCACAAGAAACAACAAUUCAUGGAGCAGCAUAUGCAGGAUGAACAACACCAUGUUCAGGCUGCGGGUGAUGCGAAGCCCAUCGAUUCAAAGGAUGAUAAUAGUGAAUUGGUGAAGAUGCUCCAUGGAGCUGAGCGGCUUACAUUCGGGCAACAGUUUGACUCAGAAACUACGACGCCUACCAUUCCCAAAUCAACUAAAAAUCCACAGCUAGAGGAGAUUUCAAAUGCACCAGAAGGCAGUACCCUUACUAGUAAUGGACAAAGGAGAAGAGACAAUGCCGAGGUUCUGUUAAGGCACAGUGGUGGACAAUAUUCUGCUUUCGAUAUGGCACAAUACGUUUUCUGGACAGGAGAUGAAUCUGGUGUGGCUCGUGCAGUAGAGGAGUUAAUACAGCAGGGAGUGAUGACUCGUGAAAAUGCUAUCAAAUUUCUACGGGACAUCCGGCUAGGGGUAGAAUAUUUGCAAAAUACAUAUUCAAGUCGCCCCCUUAAACUGACCGAAAACCAUGCGAAAACAACGUUGCCCGCAAUAACCGAUAUUCCAACUACCCAACCCUCGCCGCAAACGGAAGCCGCUCCUACCGACGGUGUAGAUGACCUGCAUGGAAAGAUAGCUCCAGAGAUUCUGAAGGUAAUCGAACGUUUGCCGAGUUUACUCAAGCUCAAUGAUCAAAACGAACCAACAGAAACAACCCAGGAUUACGACGAUGUAGUUGGACGACUCCGAUUGGCCGACUUUCUGUACGCAGAAUACUCACUCGAGGAAGUGAUUUAUCAGCUGUCGAAGGUGAUGUUCACGCAAUCUCUGACUCGAGGUUCCGAACCAGCUCAACGUGCGCUACAGAAGUUGACAGCUUUUCUGGAAACCGAGGGCACACACGGUCGUAUAUCUCCCGUUCUACAGAGGAAGAUACUAGAUGUGCUGUUGGCUGCUUUAGCGGACACUUUGGCUGAAAAUCCAGAACUUACAAAUGCCGCAAGAUCUGCGUUGGGAAAACACAUGGAUAAGAUAACGCAAAGACAUUCUCAGGAUAAAUAUUAACCGUGAAUGGUGCCUAUAAGUUAAAAAAACAAUGAAUAUUAAACUUCAAAAGUAUUAUUAUCGUUAUUUCCAAUUAUAAAAAAAAAGUUAUACCACAUACCGAAAUAGUUUUGAAUUAACAGUUACCAUAAAACAAAUAUUCUAAAUUAUCAUAACCGGUAUUAACAGCAAUGGGACAACCAACAAAAUCCGCAAAAAACUGAAAAAGGCUAGAAUAUGUACGGUACAGGACUAGUACAAUUUUCCGUAGCAGGAUUUGUGAAGAAUAUGUUAUAGUGAAGGUAACGAAUCGAGAAAGAACAGGGAAAUAAAUUUUUGAUUAUUUUUAACGUCAACUUUGGAUAGCUUAAGGCACUUGUCAGCAAUCGCUGUUAACAGUCACAUGUUCCGCACCGUUGACUGAAUUCAAAUGAAUAUAAAAUCAACAUAUUUUAUGAAUAGCAAUGGAUUUCGCAUAUUAAUUUAAACUACCCCUAACUGUACUUAUGAAUCUCUAUUACCAUUUUGUCAGCAGCAAAUGAGACUAUCGGAAUCUAUUUACAUUUAUACAAUAAUAUACCCGCGGAGAUAUUAUAAAUUGAUAUCCAGUGAAUAAAAUAAGCUAUUGAACACCUCUAA